UUAUUGAUACAAUCUUACUAAUUUGCUAUUAAAUAUUGAGAUACAAACUAUAAAUUAUUAAUUGUAUUAAAAUCACAAAUUAUUGAUACAAUCUUACUAAUUUGCUAUGAACUUAUUAUAAAUGUUAGUCAACUUUCUUAAUGGCUAGUUGGAGAAUUGCUUUUGCGGAUUAACCCGCGACCCAACCGCACUCAUCCGCCACCCACCCAACCCAACCCGCAUAAGUAUGUAGGUGGAUUGCGGGUCACAUAUAUUCCAACCCGCUAAUAAGCGGGUGGGUCCAGUGGCGGAGCUACUCACAAGGGAGGGGGGUGCUUGUAGCCCCCUUGGCCUGGAAAAAAUUAUUAGAUAGUAUGGAGGACACUAGGCAAAGGCAUCGAACAACUAUCCCUCUCAAUGAAAUUCAACACCCAGAACAUUCACCAUCUCGGCUGGACUAGUUUUUAAAUAAUCAUACGUACAUCCUUUUAUUUAUAAUAUAACUAUUUGUCCUUAAAUAAAAAAUUUGGUCAUUAGUUAAAUUUAUGUGUUCUACGUCCAUGACAGGUUCAAAAACUCAUUUGCCAGUUGCAUAAGAAGCAUAAAUUUAAUCCAUAUGUUUAUUUGCUUAUUGAGUUUACACUCAUUUUUCGGUUGCAACAAGUGUGGAGCGAUCAUUUUCAUCUAUGAAGUAUAUCAACAAUGAUUUUGAAAUCGAAUAAAUGAUGAGUGGUUGAACUACGCAUCAGUAACAUUUAUUUAACUAGAUUUGCAUGCUAGAUUGGACAAAAAAUGUGUUCUAUAAUGCUUUUAGUAUGAAAUUUUGUUACCUUUCGUUGUAAGCUAUGAACGUCAAACUUUUAUUCUGUAAUUGUUUGAAGUUUGAGUAUUAUGUUGUUGACUUCUUAUUUCGUUUAGAAUUGACUUUUUUGUUAUGUAGUUUGAUUUUUUUUAUGAUAUGAAAAACACCCCCUUGGCAAAUUUUCUGGCUCCGCCACUGGGUGGGUCAAUUUUAGACCAAAAUCCACCCAACCCGCACAUUGCACACCCCUACCACCCACCAUUGUUUCCGAUCGACAAAGACCCUCCAAUCAACACACCCUUUCGCCGGAGACCCUUCCUUCCUAUAGCGCGUUCUCCCGGCGUCCAUCCCACAUCAUUUCACCCAGUCAUCCCCAAUCUUCGACAAGAGUCCUCCCCGAAAUUGAUUCAAGAGACCACAAGAGCCUCGAGUUCCAGCGCCGUCAUCGACAACGACCGAUUCUAUUCUCCGACCUCACCGUCUUGAUCGAUUCGGGAAGGGAAGGAGACAAAGCAACUAAGAAGUGAGACCGAGAGAUUUGUUCAAUUCGAUUCUAGGGUUCGAGAUGAGAUUUGUUCUCUUUCUUGGAUUUGAUUUACUCGCGGUGGGUUUUUCAGUGGGGUUUCAUCGAUUUGACUUACUUCGUGUGGGUUUUGUUUCGGGCAGAAUCAAAAAGAGGUCUUAGAAGAAGAGGAUUUGAGUGUUUGAGUUUGGGAAAGUGGACGAGGGAAAGGUUGCAGUUUCAACAACUUGGGUCGUCUUCUCUAUGGAAUUGAAAAACAAAGCAACGACAGCCCGUCGCCACAAAAGGACCUAGGAAUCCGGCCGGAGAAUGAGGAGCAAGGGUCGUCGGAGAAAUAUCUCGACGCACUGCUUCUUUGCCUGAACGAAUCCGUGCUCAGCAGCCCGUCACCACCGCAGCUUCAAGGAAGAUGGGAUUAGGGUUUUUUGGGUGAGAGAUUUUAUUUGUUGGGCGGCGAUGGCGUAGAGAUAUAUGAUUUUUUUUUAAUUUAAAAUGUGACGUGUCGUACAUGUGGUAUGGAGUGAUGAGGUGGACAUGACGUGUAGUUUAGGUUGCAUCCACGUCAGUUUAGCGUCCACUUAAUUGAUUGAGUAAUUGACGGUGUUAAAGUAUUUAACGAAAAUGACUAAAUUUGAUAAAUAAGUUUUAAAAUUAUGGCUAUAUCUGUGUAUUUUUCAGAAAGUGGCUAUUAUUGUCACAAACUCGAUAAUUGUGGCUAUGCUAAUGUAUUUUGCCAAAUCUCAAACUAAAAACAAAGAUUGAAGGUUUGACUUAGAGAAAUAUAAUGAAUGGGGAUAAUCAUUAUCCAGCUGGGGGCAAAUAAAGAAGAGGAGAUAACGUGAAAAAAAAAAAAAGGGAUUAAAAUAGUGAAGUAAAGUCCAAUCCAGAGUUUGGGUGGGCCUGUCAGCAAACUGGCCGCUUUUAUGUAUUUGGGUUGUUGGGGGCGCAAGUGGGCCGCUGGGCGGCAUGCAAUCGCCGUUGACUUGCAGCUGCCGGACGGCCGCCAGCUGAGGCACGCAGGGUUCUUCCUAUUAGAGUACGAGCACAACAUAUAUAGAGUUAUCGGAUUCGAAUGUGAGAUCUCUACGUCAAGAUUCUGAUACCAUUUCAAAGAAUUAGUCGAUCCAAAUAACUAGGGUUAUUGAGAGCGAUUCAAUAAUGAAUAAUAUAGAGUUUACCCAUACUCUAAUACUUCUAACUAACCAAAACGGUAGCAAUUUUAUCUUUUUGCAGAGCGGUUUUGUGUCUGCUUGUCCUUUUGCAUUUUGCUGCAUCGAUGCAGAGCUCGGCUCCUGGGCAUUGAUUGUGCAUUCAAAACAUGCCCGACAUACUACGAGCUUUUAAGACAUGUUGUUAAUAUUGGGGUCUGGAAUGACUUGAACAUGCUCGAUUUCACGAUCAAAUAGACUCUGAUGGCGUAUAAAAAAUAAAUACGGAUCUCAAUGAUUCGAAAUGGAUUAUAAACCAACCGAUCUCAAUAAAUGGAGAUGUUGUGAUAUGUUGACGUAGGAAUUAGGAUCGUGAAGUCCCAACAAGUAUAAGCAUGGGCUGUAUGACAUGGCACUCCUUUGCCCUUCCUUUUUCUUUUCUUUAUUGACUUUUUUUUUUUAUCUUUCCCAAUAAGAUUCCACCGCCACGUGUCACUAUCUCCUCCCCCCUUUCCCAGUUUCUAUCAUCCUUUUUCCUUCCUUCUUUCUUAGCCCAAUGAAACUAAUCUCCACUC